AUGAAAGCUCCCAAGUGUUUAAAAUUGAUAGAGGUAUGUUGCCUUCUGGCAUUAACUGUAACGACAUCAGCACACCCGACGUCACUCGGUGUCAUGAAUAUUGCAACAAUCGAAAAAAUUCCGGACCCGAGUUACGAAUUCAACUACGCAGUCAACGAUCCCUCCACCGGUGACAACAAGGUGCAAUGGGAGAGACGUCAUGGCGAUGUAGUAAAAGGAGCUUACUCACUUGUAGAGCCCGACGGCAACGUACGAAUGGUCGAGUACACUGCCGACCCCGUCACUGGAUUUAACGCUGUCGUCAAACGAACUCAACCCAGUGUACACCCAGCAUCGGCUGUGUAUCAACAAAUUACUCCGGUGGAACAAGAGCAUAUUGAAGCUCCUAUUUACGCACCGGCACAUGAGCAUCUAGCCUCACUUGCUCAUGUUGAACAGCCAGCUCCACAAAUUGAACAGGUAGCGCCGCUAGUUGAAGACAUAGCUCCACAAAUUGAACAUGUAGCGCCACUAGUUGAACACAUAGCUCCACAAGUUGAACACGUAGCUCCACAAUUUGAACACCUAGCUCUAUUGUCACAUGAUAUGCUCAAUAUGGGCCCAAUUACUCCUACCGUGAACGUUGAGCACGAGACUCAAAUAGCUCAACUCAACCCGAUCGCUCAUGAAGCCUACGCACACGGACCGACGCUCACUCCCAUUAUGGAGAGUGCUCCGCUCUUCCCGCAACAAUAUCACAUGAUUCACUCUCUUCCUUAUCAUGUGCAUCUAUCACAACCUACUCCUUGGGUUACGUUAUCCGGUACCUCGUACGGUUACAAAGGCAACGUGCUACGUAGCUGGAAUGCGGGGCCCAUCUCCCUUGAUGGUAAAACGUUGACCAUCAGAACUAAACACUAA